AAUGAUUUCAUCAAGCUUUCGUUUGUAAAACUCUCUGAAUGUAAAUGUUAUUUAUCAAAUCAACUUACCCUACCCUACUUGGUUGUGAUUCUCGAAUCAAACGCGACCACGUAAAAUAUUAUAUUUCAAAAUAAAAACAUGAAGGUUUCCUUUGCACUAUUUGCCGUAUUAUUUCUUCAAAACAUUUUCAAUACUCAAUGCUCUGCAGAUUUCUUAAAUAUAGAAACAUUUCGCCAUGCCAUACAGCCACAAUUUGUGUUAUUUUAUGCUCCUUGGUAAGUUUUGUAAAAAAUAUAUGUAGAAUACUAGAAUAUGUAACAAAGGUAAUUUGAAGGUCAAGUGCGAGGUUUAAUAAAUAUGAUUGAGUCGUCAGAUUACUGUAACACCUGUCAAAUUCUCGUUAAAACCUUAACAUCUCGUCAACCUUAACCUUUUGAGUCUAAUGAGCCCUUUGUUUAUUUAUUUUACUCUGUCUAAUGCCAGACCAUUUUACUCGUCAGAGGGGAGAGUGCUGUCAGAGGGGAGAGUGCUGGCACUCGACUGGUUAAUCAGACUAUCUGCCUGUGUAUCCUGCUGUCCCUUAAAUGGCAAUGUGCGCGACUGUAAAAGUGUUAUUUUACUCGGAACAUCCGCAAAGCAGGAUGAAAUCUAUUUAUAGACAUGAGUGCCUAAUUACAUUGAACAUUUAGGUGUAGUCAUUGUAAAGAACUGUUACCCACAUGGAACCAACUUGCAGAUAAAUCACAUGAACAAAAUAAAUGGAAUAAUAUGAAAAUAACCAAGGUAGGUAGGGGGCAUGAAGGCAGCAUAAGAAUUGAAUCGUUAGUUAACGAACAACAACAAUAAUUAACAAGCUCUUGUAAUGAUCUCAGGUUAAUUGCAUUGAAGAAACUGCAUUUUGCUCUGCCCAAAAUAUUGUGGCAUACCCAACGUAAGUAUAUAAUUACUAUAAUUGAAUUUAAAGUUUAUAGCCUCAUUCACUAAUAAUUAGCAUAAACUUAAUUGAAUACUAUAUUAAUUAGUAAUAUUAAUUAGUAGUAAUUAAUGCUAAUUAGUUGAUUAUUUAAUUAACUUUUAAUAUCUAGAUCUGGGUUAAUUCUUAAGUUCUUCAUUCUCUAUCAAAUUACUCUAACUAAUUAAUUCCCUGAUCAUUGGAGUGUUAAUUUGUAUCAACAGUCAAAUCACAUUUGUAUCUAAUUAACAAUUAAUUAGUACAUUUGUUUUGUUCCAAAACAGGAUGAAAUUGUUCCAUGAUGGAGACAUGACAAGAUUUGAUGGCAGACGAAGUGUCGGUGAACUGGCAGUGUUUAUUGAGCAAGUUCUUAAUUAUGUCAGUUUGGAAAAUAAUUAGCAGUUUAGUCUUACUAAUAGAUAAUCUUCAUAGAACUUAAUAUUUUCUGUAACCUUUAGAAAGUUCAUAUUGAUGAAGAAGAAGGUUUACUGACGUUGACAAGUGAAAAUUUUGAUGCUCACAUAAAACAGGGUGUUGGUCUGCACUUUGUGGAUUUCUACGCUCCUUGGUGGGUAAUUGAAAAUGACCAAAUUUAUAUAUCAUCUGAUUAUGGUUGAUCAUCAGUCUUGGUGUAAACACAAUUAGAUGGACUAUCAGAAAUAGCUAGAAUAGCAUGAUCUCUACUGCCAAUGGUAUACGGACUAGACAUUUAUUCACAGAGGGGGUGAGGGAGGGGGGCGGGGUGUUCCUCUACAGCCGCUUUGCUACACCAACAAAUUCAAUUUUACCAAUCAACUUCUUACCGACCAUUUCCAAGGGUAGAAUAAUGCCGGAUUUUUUCCAGAUAGUGUUUGUCCGGCAAGAUUUGUGAAGUAUGUUUCAUCUUAAUUGCCAUAUUAUAUACAGGUGUAUUCAUUGCAAACGUUUUGAGCCAACAUGGAAAGCUAUCGCUAAACAUUAUGAAGAUAAUCCUGAUAUUACCAUUGGCAAAGUAAGUGAGGCUGAAUAUCACUGACGACGAACUUACUGACCUAUGUACAACACAUACAUUAACAGUCACAUUUAGCCUUAGAAUACAAUUGAAUGUUAUAUUGUCAGGUGGACUGCACAAUUGAGACGUCAAAAUGCAGAAAAUGGGGAGUCGACAAAUUUCCAACAUUAGCCAUGUUUCAAGAUGGACAUCAGGUAACAUUUCUGAAGACUUUGAUGACCAACACACUUACUUAAUCCUACCAGUAUCACAUCAUAUUGCUCAUUACAUCUCUCUACUACAUUUAGGUGGAUACAUACAAAGGCAGCAGGGAUAUUGAGGCAGUGAAGACCUACAUCAGUGAUAUGUUAUAUCAACGUGGUCUCAGGGUUGACAGUGCGAGAGAAUCUGAGAAAAUAAAAGAACCGCCAAUCAACCCUGAUGAACCUGUUCAUGUUCAGCAAGACAUGAUCGUUGAUUUUGACUCUGAUGAAGAUGCAAUUGUAUGAAAAUAUUUUUGUAAUAUUGCUAGUUAAUUACUGUAUCUUCAAGAUCAUACCCAUGAUCAUCCAUGUUCAGGUGACAAGACAAACUGUCCAGAUGAACUAGCUUAAGAAUAGUGUGAUCUAUACUGGCAAUGGUUCUGCGAACAUUAAUCAUGCCUGAUAGUUUCCUAAUAGUUUGUCCAAUAUAUACUGUAUAUAUACACAUAGACAUACCACAUGUGAAGAUGAACCUAUAAUGCACAAAGGUUGUUGAACAUUUGUGUAAAUCUGUUUUUCCCAUUUAUACACAUACAAAUUAUUACACAAAUCAAGGUCAAUACAGACCGGACGCGAUUUGGCAGCGCGACGCGAAUUUUCAAUUUUCAUGAAAACUGAAAAAAACUGAAAAAUCGCGUCGCAUUGUCGAGUCGCGUCCGGUGUGUCUGGACAACCCAUUCUAGUGGGCAAAUCAUGUUCAUUCAAU